AUGGCAGUGGAUGUGGCAGCUAUCGCGAAACAAUCGGAUCAACUGCAUGACGAGGUUAAACUCAUAGAAGACUAUGAUUUACUUAAAAAAUAUUAUCAAAAUGGUGGUGUCGAACUCCAAUGGCGUUUUGCCCAAGCUUGUCGUGCGAGAAGUAAGUCUUCCAUAUUUUCCCCUUUAACGUGUAUAGUUUUCAAUGACGCGAAGGGUGACAAACACAAAAUUAAAGAGCUAACAGCAGAAGGGUUGGAAGCAGCAAAACUCGCCGUUGAGUCAAAUGAUAAAAAUGCGGAUGCUCACAUGGUUUGGCUCGGUAUCUUCUACGAUCAAGAGGGGCAACUCUCAGGAAUAAAUAAAAGGAUAGAAAAUGCAUUCAAAGUCAGGGAGGAAUUUGAGAAAGCUAUUGAGCUUGACCCCAAGGACGCUGGUCCAUAUCACUGCAUGGGCGUUUGGUGUCACGAAGUUGCAAGUUUGGGCAAAAUUGAAAGGGCAUUCGCUACUGCCUUCUUCCGCAAGCCCCCGGAAUCGUCUUAUGAAGACGCGAUAAAAAACUUCGAGAAAUCAAUUGAGUUAUGGCCAAUGAGAUAUUGUGACAGUUAUGCGAGGCUUGCGGAAUGCUAUGCUAAAUUGAAGGAUAAGGAAAAUACGAAGAAGUAUGCGGAUAUCGUACUUGCUUGGAAACGAGGCGACGACGAAGCCAAAGAAGUAAGUUUUCGAUUAAAUUUCACUAAAUUUUGCAGGCGCAGAAGAGAGUUGCGAAGCUAA